AUGGUCCAAUGCUGGGACAUCCUGCUGAUUCGGAUGCUGAAUAUUCGCCUCGACCCGACAACGAGAAAGGACUGGGAGGAACUUUCAACGACGAAGGAUGCCAUCUCGUUCAAGGACUUGACCUCAUUCAUCCAACGUAGGGUCACCGUUCUGCAGAACAUCCAGGGCAGUACGGUAGAUGUCCCUACUUCCGGCCAAGUGAAGAAUCCGUCUCAACGACCAGUCGUAAGGAACAAUGGUGCACCGUUCAACGCAAGGAAGUGCAUCGUCUGCAACAAUCAUUAUCCACUCUACCAGUGUGCGACGUUUUCAAAGAUGGGUCCGGAGGAUAAAGAGAAGGAAGUUCGUCGCAAUCAUCUCUGUCGGAACUGCUUGCGUAAGGGGCAUCAAGCAAAGGACUGUUCGUCAACGAGCACCUGCCGCAAUUGUCGAGGUAAGUAUCAUACUCAGCUUUGUUCCAGUCAACAACCAACCAGCUCAGGUCAGAAGACAACCAACUACGCAGAUGAAAGGUCUACGCCUGCUGCAUCUACCAGCAAUCCACCCACUGCAUCUGUGUCAGCCACCAUCGAACCUGCUAGCUUCGCUUCCGUUAGUCAAGGACGGAAGGCAAAUCUACUUGCUACAGCUGUAGUCAUCGUUGUCGACGACAGUGGAAGCGGUCACACAGCACGUGCGCUGCUAGAUUCCGGUAGCGAAUGCUCUUUCGUUACCGAAUCAUUCUCCCAGCGAAUCAAAGCGCAAAGGAAGAAGGUCCAUCUUCCGAGCGCUGGCAUUGGUCAGUCGUCAUUGCAUGCCCGGCACAAAUUAUUCUCAACGAUUCGCUCUCGCACAGCAAGAUAUUCGACCAAUUUGGAAUUUUUAGUUCUGCCCAGAAUUACCAUCGAUCUGCCGUCGACUUCCGUUGAUACUUCGGCCUGGGAGAUUCCGCCGAGUAUACAGCUAGCUGAUCCGUCAUUCUGCAGCACCAACCCAAUCGAUCUCAUCUUGGGAGCAGAAAUUUUCUUUGACUUGUUCAAGGUUUCUGGUCGAAUUCCGCUUGGCGACAACCUUCCGGUACUCGUGAACUCCGUUCUUGGCUGA